AUGUACGUUUACUUGCUACAUUCUUGUAUUUGUUUUUUUUUUUGCUGCUGUGUGAAAAAAGGAAAGGGGUUGCUGUUUAUUGCAUUUAGGGCAGGUCGCACGCGAAGUGUAACACGCAGGCAAGGAAUAAAGAAGCGCUUGUGUGUGUGUGUGUGUGUCAUCCUGAUGUCUACAUCGAGUGAGAAGAAGCACACGCCGUGGGUGAAUGCCGUUGCCGGUGGACUCGGUGGUGCAGCUGCUAAGUCUUUGCUGUCGCCCUUUCAGCGUGUGGUUGUGAUGCAGCAGCUUGGAGAGCACAAGGAGUACAGCACCCUUCAGCUUGCCCGACAUAUCAGGGAGCAAGACGGUUGGAAGGGGUUCUGGAAGGGAAACCUUACUUCUAUGAUCAUUCGCGUCCCCUACUCCGGCAUCCAGUUUGUGUUGUAUAGUCAGCUGAAGUUUUUCUUUCAAGACAUCUGUGAGCGGUACGUGCGACCACGCAAAGGUUCCGCUGGGGAUGCUCAUCACCGCGGCGAGACUCUUGAGUUGUUUCUUAUGAAGUGUGGCGCUGGUGGUAUCUCUGCCACUAUUGCGGGAGUUGCAGUUUACCCUGGCGAGGUGGUGCGACUCCGCCUCAUGUCUGGCGAACGGCAGUUUAACGGCAUAUUUAACACCAUAAGAUGCAUCUACGCGGAGACCCACUCGUUGCGAAAUUUUUACCGUGGACUGGGGGCAUCCCUCAUGCAGCGGGUGCCGGAUAUCCUUGUGAGCUUUGCGGUGUACGAAACGAUGAAGUACCGUCUCAUUGAGAAGGACUUUCUCAGUUCACACCCCUCAUACAAGAACAUAGUUUCCACCGUCGCUGGCGGUGGGGCAGCGGCCCUGGCAUCCAUCCUUGUUGCAUUUCCACUUGAUGUGGCCAAGCGACGAAUUGGCAUGUCGGGAAAAGGGAAGAGUGGGGUGGUGUACGCGGGUGUGCGGGACUGUCUGCGUCAGGUGUAUGCGCAGGAAGGUAUCCGUGGCUUGUACGCGGGUGCGCGUGUUGAGGCAAUACGAUGUGUGCCGCAAGUAGUGCUCAUGUGGUUCUUUAUUGAGGGCUUUCAGAGCUUCUUAACGGAUCAUUGUGUUCAUUAA